AUGUCCCGGCAUCUUAAGUUGAUCAGCGGCAUUUUCUUUGGUUAUUUCAAUAACACCUGCUUUAUAAAGUCGGAAGAGGAGGGCUGAAAUGAAAAAAAAAAAAAAAAAAAAAAAAAAGGUUACCGAAAAUACUACCAACCGAAAGAUGAUUUUCAAGGAUUUAUUUAAAUAUCACUGUUGCUUUAGUUGUUGAUUUCUUUACUGACAAUGAUUACAAAAAAUUCGCACUGAUAAAUGAAGCGAGUUCAUGUGAUUAUCUGGCUGCAAUUAGGCCUGUAGAGUUAUGACUUAUGCUGUGUUAGAUGUAAUUAUCCAAAAUUACACACGAUUACUUAGAAUUGUGACUAAUUAAGACUUGGUGUCCUUAUUUCCCUAUCAAUAGUCCUUAAGUCACUCGAAGCCGGCAUAAAACGUUCCGUUUUUGACCGCUUUGUAGGCUUAGUCGGCACUGCUAUCUCAGAAUUUAACAGGGGUUUAGUAUAUUAACAUAAAUUAAAAGUGUUGGAUAUUGUGCAACGCCUAUUGGCUAGUAAAGCUGAGAAAUAUUAACCCUUUUUUGACUUAAUCCUUGUUAUAACCUGUUAAACAUUGCUGCGGCGACAGGUGUUGGUUCAAUGUAUUCGUAACGUUCUGUAUCAAGUGAAAACAACAGUUUAUUGUUAGGUAAAGAAGAAGGAAAACAAACUUGCAAAAAUGAACAACACAUUGGCAGCUGACACGGACCUUUUGAGGACUACUUGUGGUUCUUCAGCGAUUGAUAGCUCUAGGAUAGUAGGUAUUGCCUUGUGUGUUGCCUUGGUAUCUGUUUGUAUCCUCAUCGUGCUUGGAAACUUAAUGACUAUCGUCCUCUUUGCGUUCAACAAAAGACUGCACAAGAAGACUUUCUUUCUUGUCAUCAAUAUGGCUUUUGCGGACUUGAUGUUAGGAGGUGUGACUUUACCUGUAUAUACUUAUUUAGUAGGAGGCAAUUUUCAUCUUUGGUCGGAACAUGCAGGAGAAUUGUGGAAAAAUGAGUCUUUCUCUAAUUUACAUAUAAUCGUGGAUACAGUUUUCUCUCAGGCUUCACUUAUUUCCGCCGUUAUUAUAUCCUGUGAGAGAUUUUACGCCAUAUAUAGACCCUUAAAACAUAGAGCCCUUUCGUCCAUAGCCUACCGAGUUACCAUUUUUAUGGUGUGGAUCCUCGCUGCUAUCAUAUCUGCGGUACAAUGGACUGGAUUAAGUAAACUGAUCUCGUACAAACACGCGUUUUAUAUUUGGACGCCAUACAUAUUGAUGCUUACCUUAAUUGUAUGUGGCUGCAAUUUCAGCAUUUGGCGAAAGUUCCAGCGUGGAGGUGUUGCUUCACGGCAGCAACACAGGCACUCCCUAAACAAAAGAUUAACAAAGACGUUGUUGUUUGUAUCAGCGUUUGCUUUGAUGUCGUGGUUGCCUUUAAUCAUUACCAAUUUUUUAAUCGUUGUGGGUCAUGUCCCAGUAACAAGAAAGGCCUAUCACGUAGUAAACAUUUUGAAUUAUUCAAAUUCUUCUGUCAAUCCAGUUGUAUAUGCAUUUCGAAUUCCUGAGUUUCGUCUAAGGCUGUUUAUAUGCUGUUUCAGAAAACAAGUGACAAGAAAUAACAAUGAGGCAGUGAAAUAACGAUAAUGCCGCUGUGAUGCAUAUGGCUGACAGAAGUGGUCAUGGUCAUAUGCGUUCACGCAGAACUGAUAAAAAGCUGUACCUGGAACUUUGCUACCUUAAACUAACGAAUUCUUCAAGUUUGGUAUUUUCCUUUGAAAGAGUAUUUGUAAGGUCUUUUUAGAUCACAUAGUCCAUGCUUUUCCAAAAAUAGAGAGGAAUCUCAUCUGAGUCAGAAUGUAAAUUUCGGCAUGCCAAGGACACACGUGAAAUAAACGUAUGAAAUCUCCCUUGAGAAGGCUUUCUAAGUUCGGAAAGGAGGGAGCGACAGAAAAUGGCGAUUCUGAACAACGAAGAUCCAUUCAAGUAACGUAUGAGGAUUCCUAAUUUCCCACCAAACAUGCAAAAUUUGAACAGUUGGUUGCUUAACGACAGAAAAAAAGCUAUCCAAAUUGAACUGGGAAUGACAGAUGCGUGAACUGUUCAGACAAUAAAGACUUCCUGUGGGUCGGGAGAGUGAACUGGCCUAAACUUGAGAGGUCCAAAGGCCUAAUCACACGGCUACAGAUCCUUAAUUAACGUUUCGUUUCCCAUCUUCUCCCUUUCGAGAAAUACUUUUAUAAAAAUAAUCAAAGAUAGCCUGAGUUCAAGAAAUAGCUAAAUGUGCGCAUUCACUUUUUAACCAUGAGUGUAUGCGAUAUAGAAGUUAAAACGGGUCCUAUUUGAAAUAAAGCUUACCUGCGUAACCUGCUAUUAAAAAAAACUAAUUAUGACAAUUGUUCAACCGCUAUUGCAAAGCUGGUUUGAAUAUUAUGUUUUUUUUUCAGCUUUUAAGGUAAGAAUAUGUUAAGCGUAAAGAUUCAGUGCCGCAAGCUUUCCGCAGGGUCUUCUUUCAGGUCGUUUAAUUAACAAAUUCGCUUUUGCUGACAAUAAUGCCUGCUGCGUUAAUGAGACCACUCGCCAUAUUUUUACAAUGCUUGUCAUAGCUUAUGCUAAUGCUUUUCAAAAUCUUUCACGAUUUCAGAUUCUACCGCCUCGAUGUUUCAAAUUAAGAUAAAACUGGCCAUGUAUACAGAAGGGGAGAAUCUGACUCUGAACUACUAGUUAAAACACUUGGGAGUUAUGUUCUUCCUUUUAGGUUACUCUUAUUUUGUUAUGCAUUUGGAAUUAUCAUUUAAUUAAUUUUUUUAUUUCUAUUUUUGCUGAUUUUUUUUUUUGGAUUACCUCAAAAUACCAUUAUUGCCUUCCCGUGCUUCCGUUAUACUCUAUUAAAAUAGAUUUAAUUUUUUUUACCUUUGAACACUACUAUUUUUUAUAAAAUUAUUGCUCCGUCGGCGGCAUUUAGGGAACGAAUCAUUUUAUGAGGAUUCGAUUAAACUGUUCGACCACGUCUAAACAAAAUAUGGUUUGAUAAAGAGUAAUUUCCUUUCUAUACCGGUUAUGAUGAAUACUAAGAAUCUAUUGGCAGCUUCUCAAACGAGAAGGUAAUCAGCUGCUCGUAGAAUGGUUUGAGAAUGUCAAUAGAGGCAGAUCAGUGCUAAUAUUUGACAGUUCAAGCCAAGGUAAAUUCAAGCGGUCUUUGUUAUUGAUAAGCAGUCACAUUGAAUCAACACUUGCUGCAAAUUUGUUUCUAUUCAUUUAAUACUGGUGUACUCUCCUUGCUAUCUCAAUAUCAUCGAGCAUUAACAUAAAGUCUUAAAAUGAACAACACAUCUGCUGCUAAUGUCAGCCGAACAAACGACCGUAGAUUAUCCGAAAAUGCUCCCUCCAAGGCAGAAGGCAUUGCAUGGUGUACUGCAUUUAUAUUGACAUUUGUUUUAACUGUCGCGGGAAACUUACUCACGAUUAUUAUUUUUACGAAGAGCAAAAGUAAUCGUAAGAACCAUGUGUUUCUACCUGUCAACAUGGCAUUUGCUGACCUGAUGUUAGGAGCUGUAGCUUUACCUCUAUAUAUUUACCAUGUCGGCUUUACUUUCCACCUGUGGACCAUAACGGAAAGUUUUACGAGCAAGAAGCCUCUCGACAUUUUCUUCAUGAUAGUUGAUACAGCCUUCGCGCAAGCGUCACUUAUCUCUGCCGCCUUCAUAUCCUGCGAGAGAUUUUACGCCGUAUAUUGGCCGUUUAAGCACCGAACUUUAUCAAAGCGAGCGUACGGCAUUAUCAUUUUUGUUGUGUGGAUACUCGCUCUCCUUGCUUCUGCGAUCUGGACAGUCUUAACCUUCGUAUUUACUUUCUCGCCGGCUACGACUUUUUUGGCGCCAUAUGUUUUCAUUCUCAUUUUAAUCAUGUGUGGAUGUAACCUUGCUAUUUGGAGAAAGUUUCAAAAUGGAAGUGUCUCCGCUUCACAUCAGCAAAACAGAGACUUGCAAAACAAGCGCUUAACAAAGACGUUGCUAUUUGUAUCUGGCCUUACUUUGCUGGCUUGGCUGCCUGUAAUGAUAUUGAACUUUCUGAUCUUUGUUUGGUCGGUACCUGUUCAUUGGAAACUUUAUCACAUGGUAAACCUUUUCAACUACUUCAACUCUUUGAUCAAUCCAGUUGUUUAUGCAUUAAGAAUUCCCGAGUUUCGACAAGCUCUUCAUUCAUGUUGUUUUGGUAAACAGCCAGCUCUAAACACGACGCUUGACAAAAUUACGAAUGAGAGGACAGGAACAACUGAUAUCAGCCAUGAACUGGCGCUUAAACAUCAAAAUGAGAUGGAUACCGCAUUGUAAAUCACGUCAGUUAUGUUUAGCGCUGAUGUUUUUUUUUUUUUCAUCUUUGUAAUUUUUCUCUUUUUUUUUUCAAUACAGUUGAAAAUACAUUGAAGUCUUACGCGAAACACAAGUAAAUUUAUCUUGUAGGGAAUUUUUGUCGAAAGCCUAGUAAUACUUUGAAUGAUGAUGAUAAUGAUGAUGGUGAUGAAUCUAUUUCCAAUAGAACAAUCCAAUGUCUCCAAUAGCCCUCCAAAAAUAAUUCACUUUCUUAGUUACGAUUGCCUUGGAUCAUCCUCGAUUUCAGUUGUUAGAUAUCGAAGUAAAAGUAUUCUAUACAUGCGUAUGGUUUCAUGUUUCUAUUUAUCUCGAUUAACAUUUAAUUUGAUGAUAAAAAAAAUCAACGGUUGGGUUUAUUGUAGUAAAGUGUAAAUAUAAAUAAUGUUCCAAACUACCGCUAUAAAGUUUUAUAUGAUUGUAAUCUGGAAGCUUCUUAACACCUUUUCAUAUGUAUAUUGUUAUACGUCUCAAUAAAUUAGUAUAGUUUAUCGGUGCACUUUUGGGAUGUUGGCGGUUAUGCUAACGAACUGAACGGUUCACGAGUUAUGGUAUUCAGAUGUAUUUCCAAUUCGUGUGAUGCAGGGAAAAUAAGCUAACAAAUCGGCAAUCAAUAGCAGGCAAGGGAAUGUGUCUUUAAGAACAAAUUCGCCAAUCGUUACCGGUUAGAUUUGUUGUCUUGGUGAUGAAGCAGCCUGAACCUUCUUCAGCUGAACGUGUGACUGCAGCGUUUGACUCAAGAGGAGACAGAAAAUGAUCCGUGGAAUCGGUUUUGGCAGUCUCAGAAAAACGCAAAAUAUAAUAAUAAUUUUUAUGGUGUGUUUAUGCUAAUUCAAACGGCCACUGUAAUGAGCAAAGUUCCAGAAUAUUGUGAUAUUCCCUUAUUUUUGACGCUCCUUGAAACAUUUUAUACGAAGACAUAUCACGCAGGGAUACGCCGGUUUCUAGUUAUGGUCGAGGUAACCGUGAGUGAGAUUUGAUGAUACACAAUGUUUGGUGAGGAAUUGAUAAAUAACAAUGUUUGACACUGGAAAGAAACUCAACAUGGACGUUUUACAUAUAUAUGAUAAAGAGUAUAACCAACGCACCGGCGAUAAAUUUAAGAGGAGUUUAAUUUCCACGCCAUUACCAGUGGUUUCUAAGUAAAGUAUUACGAACAUAAUAAUUCUUUUUUUUUAACGAAGAAAAACGUUUUUGCAAGAAACAUUUGUUUCUAACCAUUCAUUUGCUGACCUGUUGUUGAGAGCCACGAGUUUACCUUUUUUCAUUUAAGAUGUCGGCGGCUUCGAUUUUCAGCUGUGGACCAGACGGAUCGGGAACUUAGAUAGCAACAAGAUGAGGAGUAUCUUCCCUUCUCUACCAGUUACCUUAAAUUAUACGCAUACAUUGGCGGCUUUUCGAAUGAAGAGGCUACCAGCUGUCUAAAGGUUGAUUGGAGACUAUCAAGAAGCACAGUUAUUAAAGUUUGACAGUUAGAAUUCAAUUUGAAUUUAAAUGAUCUCUACCAUUAACUGCAGCUGAAGUCCAGCUUACAGCACGCCCCUAAUUGUUCGGCGAACGGAAAACUGAAGGAAAACACGACGAUUGCUGUAACUCGGUUACUUCCUAUCCAAUAUAUACUGCGGUUCUUUUCCUUUUUAUCGAGUUUAAAUAUAAACUGGCAAAAUGAACAAUACAUCUGCAGCUAAUGUCAGCCAAACAAACGAUCAAAGUUCAUCAAAGGAUGCUACCUCCAAGACAGAAGGCAUCGUAUUCUUCAGUGCAUUCAUAUUGACUUCUGUUUUAACUGUCGCAGGAAACACGCUAACGAUUGUUCUUUUUGCGAUGAAAAGAUAUAUUCGCAAGAAGCAUUUCUUUCUAGCUGUCAACUUAGCGUCUGCUGACCUACUGUUAGGAGCUGUGAGCUUACCUAUAUACAGUUGCUAUGUCGGCUUCAAUUUCGGACUGUGGACCCUAACGGAAAGCUUUAGCACCCUUACGUGGCUCCAAAUUCUCUUCCAGACUAUUGAUACUUUCCUCUCGCAAGCCUCACUUAUUUCUGCAGCCUUCAUAUCCUGUGAGAGAUUCCAUGCCAUAUAUCGGCCGUUUAAGCAUAAAACAUUGUCAACGCGAACAUACUGCAUUGUUAUUUUUGUAUUGUGGCUCCUUGCUCUCCUUAUUUCUGCGUUAUCGAUUGGAUCAAACCUCCUUCUUUCAAACAAACACACCGGGAUAAUUUGGGGGCCAUAUAUUUUUAUUCUCAUUUUUAUCAUAUGUGGCUGUUAUAUUGGUAUCUGGAGAAAAUUUAAAAGUGGAAUUGCCUCUGCUUCACAUCAGCAAAACGGAGACUUGCAAAACAAGCGCUUAACAAAGACAUUGUUAUUUGUGUCUGGCUUUACUUUACUGGCUUGGCUGCCUUUAGUCAUAACAAAUUUCUUAAUAAUUUUGGGAUUUUUACCUAUAGAUUGGAAAUUUUAUCCCAUAGUAAACCUUUUCAACUACUCUAACUCUCUUGUCAAUCCGGUUGUUUAUGCAUUGAGAGUUGCCGAGUUUCGACGGGCUCUGACUUCUUGUCGUCUCGGAAGAGAGCCAGCUUUGAACACAGCGCUUCCUAACAUCAGGAACGAAAGGAACGGAACUAGCGUCUGAACAACCAGAUAUUAUGGAUACUUCAUUGUAAAUUACGUCAAUUAUGUCCAAUAAUUUCUUUUAUUUAUCUUUCCUUUUUUUUUUUAGGGCACUAAGAAUCCUUUGAAACCGGUAAGACAUGUGGUCUUGCACAAAACACAGUCUAAAAUUUCUUUAGCUCAGGAAAUUUUAAUGAGAAGCUGGUGUUACUGCCACCAUUAUGAUUAUGAUAACGGGAAUGAUGAUUUUAUUUCAGUGCAAACAUACUCAGUGACGCUUGAUUCAUUCGCCAUUUCAGCUAAGACAAGUUGGAAAAUAAAUUCAUUGUAGACGUUUUGGGAAGAGUCGGUCCUCAACAUAUGGUUGAGCAGAUGUGCCGCGAAGGAGAAAAAAAAGGAAGUCACAAUGCAGCUAAUGUAUUCCUAAUCGAUCGGUGAUCGGUAUUGGGAAACAGCAUCUGCUUUUACUCAGUAUCUACUCAUCAUCGGUUUCUACCAUCCAUUCAGAACGGUACUUUCCUCCUCAGUAUCUGAGUAUCCUCUUCUUGGCAUAUAUCCCGCAAAUAUGAACAGUACAGUUCAAAUCCCGCAAAUAUAUAAAUUUGCGGUAUAUAUCCUGCAAAUUUGAACGAUACAGUACAAAUUUCGUACCAGCCUGAAUUUCUUUUAGGCCUUAUCUUCAUUGCUAUUCAAGUAGCGUUUAUUACUGCGAAGAUCACUUUCAUAUUCACGUCUUAAUCCGCAGUUCAAAUAUAUGACUUUCAUAUAUUCACAGCCGUUAAUGCAUCUGCUGCUGACAUGAGUAUCAGAGAAGAUCUUAAUUCAUCAAAGGAUGCUCCCUCACAGGCAGACGGCAUGGCAUUCUGUGAUGUUUUUUAUGUUAACAUUAGUUGUAGUUGUCGCCGGAAACCUACACGUGAUUAUUCUUUUUGCGAAGAACGUCAAUAUUUGCAGGAAACAUUUGUUUCGUGGCCCUUUGACAUGGCAUUUACUGACCUGCUGUUGUUGGGGGCUGUGGGUUUACCUAUAUGUACACUUACCAAGCUGGAUUAAAUCUCCAGUUAUGGACAUUAACGAAAAGCUUUGAGAGCAACAUACCUCUCCAUAUUUCCCACAUGAUCGUUGAUUCUUUUUUCUCGCAGCCUUUAUACCCUGUGAGAGAUUUAACGCCGUACACUAGCCGUUUAAGCAUCGAACAUAAUCAACGCGAGUAUACCGUAUUGUUAUUUUUACAGCAUGGAUGCUCGCUCGUCUCAUCUCUGCGAUAUGCACUGGAUCAAACCUCCUUCUUUCAUACAAAUACACCACGUUAAUUCGGGGGCCAUAUACUUUGAUUCUCAUUUUGAUGACACGUGGAUGUAACAUUGGUAUUUGGAAAAAGUUUCAAAGUAGAAGUGUCGCCGCUUUACAUCAGCAAAACAGAGACUUGCAAAACAAGCGCUUGACAAAGACAAUAGUACUGUUAUUUGUAUCUGGCAUUACUUUGCUGGCUUGGCUGCCUUUAGUCACAUUAAACUUCUCGAUAAUUGUCUGUUUUUUUCGCGUACGAAUGAAAUUUUAUUACAUGAUUAACAAUUGUCAAUCCAGUACUUUAUGCAUUAAGAAUUCCCGAGUUUCGUCGACGAACAUUGGCUCAUUGUUGUUUCAGAGGAGAGCCAGCUAUAAACGCAACCCUCGAGUAG